UUAUACUCAUCUCCAAUCCAACCCCCUUUUAUUCUCCUCCGCCCAUAACUACACACCACUAGUGUGUGGUUUGUUAUUUCUCUUAACUUUAUUAGUCUUAUAUAAACAAAACGGUUCAUCAAUAAAUCUUGUUUUCAUUUAGAACAAGUGAUAAUAAUGGGAGAGCAAGUUGAGAAGCCAGUAGAGGAGAAGAAGCCAGCAGAGGAGGAGAAGAAAGAAGAAGAGGCUGCAAAACCUGAUGAGAAGAAGGCGGAAGAGUCGAAAGAUGCAACCCCGCCGCCACCUCCGCCGCCACAAGAGAUUGUUUUGAGAGUUUUCAUGCAUUGUGAAGGUUGUGCUAGAAAAGUUCGGCGUUGCCUCAGAGGCUUUGAUGGGGUGGAGGAUAUUCAGACGGAUUGUAAGACACAUAAAGUGGUUGUGAAGGGAGAAAAGGCAGAUCCAAUGAAGGUUCUAGAAAGGAUCCAGAAAAAGAGUCACCGGCAGGUUGAGCUUCUUUCUCCUAUACCAAAGCCACCGGCCGAGGAGCCUAAAGUUGAAGAGAAAGAACCACCAAAAUCUGAAGAGAAAAAAGAAGAGCCUCCUCAGGUGAUUACUGUGGUCCUGAAAGUAAACAUGCAUUGUGAAGCUUGUGCUCAAGUCAUAAGAAAACGCAUUCUGAGAAUGAAAGAGGUAGAAAGCGUAGAAGCAGAUCUAAAAAACUCGCAAGUUACCGUUAAAGGCACGUUUGAGGCAACGAAACUAGUGGAUUACAUCUUCAAACGUACCGGGAAACAAGCCGUGGUUGUGAAACAAGACCCCGAGCCAAAAAAAGAAGAUGAAAAGGGUAAAGAAGAGAAAAAAGACGGCGGCGAAGAAAAAAAAGACGGCGGAGAUGAAAAAAAAGACGGCGAAGACGCCGCCGCCAGCAACGGCGAUGGUGGCGACGGUAAAGAAAAAGAUAAAGAGAAGGAAAAAGAGGAGAAAAAACCCGACGGUGGCAACGACGGUGGCAACGACGGUGGUGGUGACGGCGGUAAAGCGGCGGCAGAUGAUGGUGCGGGUGGCGGCGGGGAGGAUUUAAAGGUGGUGGAGUUGCAUAAAAAUGAGUUUUAUUAUUACCAUCCAGCGAAUUACCAAUUUUACCCCGCGAGAUACGGUACAGCAGAAGUGGCUUAUGGGUACCCACCAGCACCGCAAAUGUUCAGUGACGAGAACCCCAAUGCUUGUUCUGUUAUGUAAAAAUGUCGACUGGUGAGGGGUAUAAUUGGAAGAAAGAAAGCACAUGGUGAUUGUCGUGGUGUUCAUGUGGGGUGUCUGUCCCGGCCUUCUGUUCAGCAGGAAAAAUUGUAAAAUUUCGUGAGGGCUUUUGUACUUUUUUAAGUUUAGUUUGGGAUGGUCAGUCAUUAUAAAUAUACUAAAGUAAUAAUAACAGAGGGAAGUAGUAUAUAAUUAAAUAAAUUUCUAUUUUAUAUCUA